AUGGCAGACGAUAGCACUAUAGACAUUUAUCAGAAGGGUACCCAAGUCUACUUUCCAGAUGAAGACGAGGGCUGGAUUGAAGGCACCACAACAGCUAGGACUCUGGCUGGCGAAAAUCUGAAACUCACCUUUGCCGUACCUGGUCGGAAGGACAUUGUACUAGACACCACCUUGACAAAACUUGCCGCUACCAAGUAUGUCGACCUUCCGCCACUUAAAAACCCUCCCAUGCUGGAGGGUCUUGACGAUUUGGCCAAUCUGUCAUAUUUGCACGAACCUGCCGUAUUGAAUAAUGUCAAGAUCAGAUAUGCUGCUGAACAGAUCUACACCUAUUCAGGAAUUGUUUUGAUUGCAAUGAACCCUUUUCGCCCAAUGCCUAUCUACACUCCAGACACAAUGAGAGAGUAUUCUGGUAAACGGCGUGGAGAGCUAGAACCACAUUUGUUCGCUGUGGCAGAAGAAGCAUAUAGAACAAUGCUCCGUGAAUCCAAGAAUCAGUCAAUCAUAGUUUCUGGUGAAUCUGGUGCUGGAAAGACUGCCAGUGCCAAAUACAUUAUGAGAUACUUUGCAGCCGUCGAUGACUUGGACGGUACCAAAGUGAUGCAUAGAAGUAAUAGUAGUCUGAGUGGUGGAGCUACUGAAAUCGAGGAAGCUGUUUUAUCAACCAAUCCCAUUAUGGAGGCUUUCGGUAAUGCGAAAACUACGAGAAAUGACAACUCGUCACGAUUUGGUAAAUAUAUAGAAAUUCUCUUCACAAAACCAUCACGAAACACUGCAUCACCACGUAUCAUGGGUGCUAAGAUACGGACGUACUUGCUGGAACGAUCACGUCUCGUCUUUCAGCCUUCCCAAGAACGAAACUAUCACGUCUUUUACCAAAUGUGCGCGGCAAUGCCUGCCGCAGAACGUAAAGAAUUUGGUGUUACGAUAUGGCAGGACUUUCACUAUUUAAAACAAGGUGCUGCAGGUGUAGUGCCUGGUAUAGAUGACAUAGCAGAUUUUAAAGCAACGCAAGAAGCACUAUCAACCAUUGGUAUCCCAAUCGCCCAACAAUGGGACAUAUUCAGAGUAUGUGCCGCUCUCCUCCAUAUCGGAAACAUUAAAAUAUCAGCCAUACGUGAUGAAGCAUUCGUCCAAGACGAAGAUCCAGCUCUUCAGCAAGCUUGUAGACUACUAGGUAUUGACCAAAGUGAAUUCAAAAAGUGGAUUGUCAAGAAGCAAAUCAUUCUGAGAAGUGAAAAGAUUGUAUCAAAUGUAAAUCAAGUGGCUGCUACAACUGGUAGAGACUCUGUCGCUAAAUUCUUGUACUCUACUCUGUUUGACUGGAUUGUGCGAGUCACAAACAAGUGUUUAUACAAAGAGACUGCAGUUCAGAAUACGACGUUUAUUGGUGUAUUGGAUAUCUACGGGUUUGAACACUUUAAGAAGAAUUCCUUUGAACAAUUCUGUAUCAAUUACGCCAAUGAAAAGCUACAGCAAGAAUUCAACCAGCAUGUGUUCAAACUUGAGCAAGAAGAAUAUAUUGCUGAGAAGAUCAAUUGGUCAUUUAUUGACUUUAACGACAAUCAGCCAUGUAUUACAAUGAUUGAAGGCAAAUUGGGUAUUCUCGAUUUACUAGAUGAAGAAUCGCGUUUGCCAUCAGGUGCAGACGGAACUCUCAUCACCAAGUUGCAUUCGAGAUUCGCUACUCCUGAAUUCAAGGACUUUUAUGAAAAGCCUCGAUUUGGUCAAACUGCUUUUACCAUAAAACAUUAUGCUACUGAUGUCACAUAUGAUAUUGAAGGAUUCUUGGAUAAGAACAAGGAUACUGUGUCUGAUGAGCAUAUGGCUUGUUUGCUCAAGACAGAAAAUACAUUCUUGAAGGAUGUAUUGGAGCCUGAUCCAGCUGCUGUUGCUGCUGUUGAAGAGGUGAAACAAUCCAAAGGAACGCUCUCACGUGGUGGAGCUGGUGGUGUUUUGAAGAAGCCCACAUUAGGUGCCAUCUUCAAAGCCUCUCUAGUCCAACUCAUGGCGACUAUCAACUCUACCGAAGUUCACUAUAUAAGAUGUAUUAAACCCAACAUGGCCAAAGCCGCCUUCCAAUUCGAACCACAAAUGGUCCUGGCUCAAUUACGAGCUUGUGGUGUCCUCGAAACCAUUCGUAUAUCAUGUGCAGGAUAUCCAUCUCGUUGGACCUUCCAAGAAUUCGCUGAUCGAUACUACCUCCUAAUCCGCUCAUCGCAAUGGGACAAGAAGGCCAAAGUCCUUACCGAACGUAUCGUAAAAGCACGGAUAACGAAUGAAGAUCGAUUCCAAGUUGGAUUGACCAAGAUAUUCUUCCGAGCUGGCCAAUUGGCCUAUUUGGAGAACCUGAGAUCAGCACGAUUGCGGGAAGCUGUCGUACUGAUUCAGUCCAAUAUGAGACGAUAUGUUUAUCAUCGUAGAUAUCUCCAGAUGCGUACUGCUGCAAUAGUUAUACAGGUAGCGGUUAGGAGAUGGAGAGGGAGAAGGUUGUUACAAAGUAUGCGGGAAGAUCAAGCUGCUACAAAGAUUCAACGGACUGCUCGUGGUUAUUUGGCUAGGUCCAAGUACAACAAAAUGCGAAAGGAUGUUAUUACUGUCCAAAGUGCUUGGAGAAUGCACCAAGCAAUCAAAGAGAGGAAGGUCCUGUAUCAAAAACUCAAUGCCGUGCAAAUCCAACGAGCCAAAGAAGAAAAGGAGAGAAACGCAUACCGUCGCAAGAUUGUCCUCGUACAAUCCUUGUGGCGUCGUAAAUUGGCUAGACGAGAAUUCAAAAAGGCUAAAGAAGAAGCUCGCUCAGUUGGUAAACUUAUGGAAGUCAAAUACCAAUUGGACAACAAGGUCAUUGAAUUAUCACAAUCUGUGCAACGUAAAGAACUCGAAAACAAGGCCUUGGCAGAAAAGGUUGCAUUACUAGAUGCUGCAGUAACCAAACUUCGAGAUCAGUUACUACAUUCAGAACAGAAAUCAAAAGCUGUUGCUGACUCUUCGAAUGAAGGCACUCAAGCACUCAAAGUAGAAGUUACUCAUUUGCGAGAAAGUAAUACGGCUCUACAAAAAGAGGCUGAUAAACUACAGGCUGCCAUGAAACGUAAAGAAGAUGAAGUGGCUCGUCUCACAGCGGAGAUGACAGUGCAUAAGGAAGAAGCCAAGAAAGCCAAGGAAGAGACCAAAAAGGUUGCAUUAUCAGGUUCUGGUGGGAGAGGCUUAGAUGAGGCUGCUGAAGCCAAGUAUCAAAAGGAGAUUCAAGCAUUGAAGGCUCAGAUUGAAGUAUAUGUAGCAGCCAAGUAUAAACCCGAUCGUAAAGCCGAUGCUUUAAUGUCAUCACCAACAUCUCCUGGUCGUGUAAUGAAUGGUGAAGUGAACGGAUAUUCACCAACAAAGGAAGACUCCAUGUUAUCCCUAUCACCUAAUCUGUCACCCAGUCGAGGCACCCGAUCGAGACGCCACUCGUUUGCAGUUGGAGAAGAUCCAGGUGCUACACGAGACAUUCGAACUGAAAUAGCUGGUAGUGAUGUGUCUGGUGAUAAACUAGUAGAAGACAAAUUGGUGGAAGAAGAGAUAUUGGAUUCGCUAAUCACCAACCUCAAUUUGCCAUUACCUAAUUCCCAAACGCAAGCCUCUCGAAAGGAGAUAUUCUUCCCUGCACAUUUAAUUGGUAGUUGUAUGCUGAAGAUGAUUUCGAAUGAUUUGAAUGUCCGUAUGACGAAUCUUAUGGCGAAUAUCAUGAAGGCUAUUCAGACUUUGACUAUGAAAUUCGAAGAUGAUUACGUCUCAGCAUUCUGGCUAUCCAACUGCUACGAGCUCCUCUGUAUAGUCAAAACAGCCCAAGAUCGCGAAACCCAAUCCCGCAACAAGGCACCGGCACGAGGCAGCAUGCUAAGUCGACGGGCCACCACCCUACUGUCUGAAACCGAACGUGCUCUUGACCGUGCACGUCACGAUCUCGAAUACCUCUUGAUUGAAAUAUACCAUGGAUGGGUUAAAGAACUGAAAAAACGCCUCAACAAUAUGAUUGUACCCGCCGUAAUCGAAAACCAGUCGCUACCGGGAUACAUCUGUAAACAAAAUGGAGGGAUAUUUGCUAGACUGGGAUAUUCACCAGCUACUGCCACAUUCUCGAUUGAGCAAUUGCUGAAUUUCUUGUCGAAAUUAUCCAAGACCAUGAGAUCUUAUUAUAUGGAGGACACGAUGGCGCGACAGUUGUUGACUGAGUUGGUCAGGGUUAUUGGAGUGAGUGGAUUCAAUCAUAUACUUGUGAGGAAGAAUUUCUUGACGUGGAAGAGAGGCGUGCAGAUUCAGUAUAAUGUGUCGAGGUUGGAAGAGUGGUGUACUAGUAAUGGGAUUUCGGAAGCUACAUUACAUUUGCAACAACUCUUGCAAGCUGCUAAAUUGUUGACAUUGAAUAAGCAAUCACCACAAGAUAUUGAGACUAUUUUUGAUGUCUGUUUCUUGCUGAACCCAACCCAAAUCAAGAAGCUAUUGACUCUUUAUUUGGCUGGAGAUUAUGAUUCACCUUUAUCACCUGAACUCCUCAAAAUAGUCACAACGCGAGCAGUAUUGAAUGAAAAGUCGGAUAUCCUCUUACUUGAUUUAGAUCAAGCUCCUGAUUUCGGCAAACCAAAUCCGAGAACUCUCGACCACGUAGACCGCUUCAUCCCUCCCUGGAUCUCGUUGCCUCAUCUCCAAGCGAUGCUCUCUGGAGGCCCAGGAGCAUCCCAAUAA